GGCGCGGGGGCCCUGAAAGGUUCCUUGCCCCUUGUAGGGCCGCUUGUUUGGCUGCUGCCGUCACCUCAUGGCGACGCGGCUAGAAGAGGCAGCGCGGGGUAGAGGCGGCGGCGGCGCCGAAGAGGCUAUUGAGGCCGGACGGGGCGGACGGCGACGCAGCCCGCGGCAGAAGUUUGUGAUUGGCACAAUGGAAGAAGCUGGAAUGUGUGGGUUAGGGGUGAAGGCAGAUAUGUUACACAACUCUCAAUCAAAUGAUAUUCUUCAACAUCAAGACUCAAAUUGUGGUGGCACAAGUAACAAGCAUUCAUUGGAAGAGGAUGAAGGCAGUGAUUUUAUUACAAAGAACAGGAGUUUGAUGAGCCCAGCAUACUGCAUGCAAGAGUCCAGAGAGGAAAUUCCUGGGCGAGAAGCUCGAAUAGAUCCUCCUGAUGGUCAGCAGGAUUCAGACUGCAGCGGGAGCAAAGAGAAGACUUUAGGCAAAGAAGUUUUAUUAUUGAUGCAAGCCCUAAACACCCUUUCAACUCCAGAAGAGAAGCUGGCAGCUCUCUGUAAGAAAUAUGCUGAUCUUCUGGAGGAAAGCAGGAAUGUUCAGAAGCAAAUGAAGAUUCUGCAGAAGAAACAAGCCCAAAUUGUGAAAGAGAAAGUCCACUUGCAGAGUGAGCACAGCAAGGCUAUCUUGGCAAGAAGCAAACUAGAGUCUCUUUGCCGGGAACUGCAGCGUCACAAUAAGACAUUAAAGGAAGAAAAUAUGCAGCAGGCACGAGAGGAGGAAGAAAGACGUAAAGAAGCCACCGCACACUUCCAGAUCACUUUAAAUGAAAUCCAGGCGCAGCUGGAGCAGCAUGACAUACACAACGCCAAGCUCCGCCAGGAAAACAUUGAGCUGGGAGAGAAGCUGAAGAAGCUCAUUGAACAGUACGCCCUGAGGGAGGAGCAUAUUGAUAAAGUGUUCAAACAUAAGGAAUUACAACAACAGCUUGUGGAUGCCAAGCUUCAGCAGACGACACAGCUAAUAAAAGAAGCUGAUGAAAAACAUCAAAGAGAGAGAGAGUUUUUAUUAAAAGAAGCAACAGAAUCGAGGCACAAAUAUGAACAAAUGAAACAGCAAGAAGUACAACUAAAACAGCAGCUUUCUCUUUAUAUGGAUAAGUUUGAAGAAUUCCAGACUACCAUGGCAAAAAGCAAUGAAUUGUUUACAACCUUCCGGCAGGAAAUGGAAAAGAUGACAAAGAAAAUUAAAAAACUGGAAAAAGAGACAAUAAUAUGGCGUACCAAAUGGGAAAACAAUAACAAAGCGCUUCUGCAAAUGGCUGAGGAGAAAACUGUCCGUGAUAAAGAGUACAAGGCCUUCCAGAUCAAACUGGACCGGUUAGAGAAGCUGUGCCGGGCGCUCCAAACGGAGCGGAACGAGCUCAACGAGAGGGUGGAGGUCUUGAAGGAGCAGGUCUCCGGGAGAGCUGCGGGCGAGGAUCCGGCGCUGCCCGCCACGCAGCCCUGCCCUGGCCCGGAGGCCCCCAAGGAGCUGAACACUGCUUCUAGAAGCGCCCCGGGGUGCCCCCUGGACGCCGCACCCAGGCCCGCGAAGGAGAAACCAGCCAGGUCUGCAGGUGCCGCGCUGGGCAUCGAGUCCGUGGACUGAAAGGAAGUAUGAUCACUGUAUCGAGAGCUCUAUUUUGUGUAUAACUUUCUGUUAGUAGUAACUAUUGGUUUUGUGGUGAAAAUUUUCUUACUUUUUCUACCAUAUCUGUAUUUUCUUAGAACUACUGGACUUACGUGGUACAGGAGGCUGCUUAGCAGUUUUGAAUAGUUUUCCUCUAUACAUUUUCCUCAGCCGUGUUGCACAUCUGCCUCAUUUCCCUUCAAUGGAAUGCAUGUGACCAUCACCUUGUCCUAUUUUCCCUGUUCCUUGGACAGAAUUACUCAAAUUUCACUCAAGAUAGGGCCGAUCAUCACAAGGGAACUUUGUUCUGAUAAUGGUUCCCUGAUGUGAACACAAUAUUGAUUCAAACAUCCCGCCCCUCCAUUAAUACAACUAAAAAAAAAAAAAAAACAAGAUGAUUUAGUUUUAUCUAAUAGCCCACUUUAAUGCCAAGUAAAAAUAAACUAGGGUUGGGUCAGAAAUAAGCAUAGCAUCUUUGAUUCAAAUUAGCUUUUUGAUAAUAUUUAUAUCAAAUUGACAUGGCUGCAAGCCUCAAAUACUCCGUUUUGGCAGAUGUACAUAAAGGUGUCACUUUUACAGUAGUAGAUAUAGACAAAUCAUUGGACAAACAAAACAGGCUUAAUGUUUGUGACUAAGAACAAUCCUACUGCUUUGGUUUCAGGUUAGGACUAGAAUCCAUGUUUGAGCUCGGACCACCUAGAUGUUCACUCUGGAGUAUGGCGGCUUGUUUGCUUUCAGUUCGGGAUUUGGGUACCCAUCCUCCCCUUCCCGCAGAAGGCAGCCAUCGGUAGUUGUCAUUUUAAGACAAUGAGGGUUAAGUUCAUGUGUAGCUUUCAUCAAGCAGAAUGCCCUCCGCUACCCUGCUGCCCUUCUAGCUACUUGAAAUUUGGUGUUCAACCAUUUGCGAAUCCCGCCAGCGAAGUUCUCCAGAUAUUUAAAAAGGUAAUUUGAAUUGUGGAUCAUGCUGAAAUGGGUUUUAUUUCUAAAACAGAAAGACUGGAACCCACACUUUUAACUUAACUGUGGUGGGAAGACUUGGUAGAGAGUUUUUAGUAGUCAAGAUCGAUGAUGCUUUUGGUCUGGUUCUCACCCCUUUUCUUAAUUACUGUCUUUUAAGAAAAGAGCCAGUAGUAGGAUCAAGGUCUCUAUACUCGGACUGGGGGAACUUUCCAUAUGAAGCACGUUACUUCUCAAUUAGUUUUCUUUGUUCUUAAGGAUGUUGAAUAUGGCUGAGAUAUGCAAAAAAGUCAGGUUAUACCAUGCAAGCUUGAACUUUGUCCGUGAUAAAAUUUGCAUUGAAAUAAUUUAUGAAAUAGGCUCUAUUAGAAUUGAUAUUACCACAUUCCACAGAGCAAAACUAUCAAACGGACACUGAAAUUGCUCACUGGACUGAAUCAAAGUCCACUCUGUCCAGUUAAAAGGGUUUUCUCUUUAAAAGUGUCUUUGUAAAGUCCUGUCAUAUUCAUGGUCUAAAGUGGGUUGAAUGAAUUGAAAGUUAUCUCCUAGAAGCUUCCGCCGCCAUUGGUCAUAGGAAUCAAGGGGCCAGAGAGUGGAGGGAAAGAAAACCAGAGCCGGUUUUCUCAUGACGGUCAAAAAUGAGUCGGAAGCUAAAAACAAAUAUCCCCUCCUCUGACGGCCUCGUAUAAAUACUCCUUUCUGCUACUAGAUGAAAUGUUGGACUCCUUUCCCCUAGAGGAAUGAAGGUAUUUAUCAGAAAUAUAACCUACUUUAUAAUUAGUACUAAUGAUCCCAUUUCACAAGAACUCCGCUGGAUGUACAGCUCUUACUGCUGAAGCCAUUCGUGUAGCCCACCACGUUUCUUUGUGGUGCUUGUCCUGUGUGGAAGAUGUCAUUCUUGGACGUGUUGCCUAUUCUCAAGGGCUUUCUAAAGCGAUGUGAUUAACAGUCCUUGGCCUGCUGCUUUCGGCUUUGACUAUGUAUCUGUAGCUACAUGCGAUCAUGGUAUUUAAAGGUCGACUCUGUCGGGGACGCAUGAGGGGUCCUUGCGCAAUCCUUCCCCCAUCACCCUGUGAAUACGAACAGGCCCCUCUGCAGACCCCCUCCUAAAGCAAUCACCUCACCAGCCCAGUGUUGUGGCUUUGUAGCACGCCUUGUGUCCACCGUGUUCUAGAACACUGUCCUGCUGUUCGGCUGGUCCAGAAAAGGUUUAAAUGUCACAUUCACUUCAGCUGCAUCUGUCGCAUCGUCAUGGGAUCUUGCUGUGUGUUACUCGUAGUGGCCAUAGACUCCGAGGGGCAGAGAAUACUUGGGUCUUGGAUCAUGGACCAUUUCACCCUCAGACUUGUUAGGAGUACAUUUCUUGGUCUUGAGACCAGUGUUUUUUAGUUAUGUAUGCAACUGCCUUUAUUACACCUGGUUAUCACAAUCCAAUUCUCAGGUGUUGCAGAAAAAUCUACCUCUUUCAGACUGUAGAUGGAAAUAACUGUGAAAAACAAAAGAUGCAGAGAUCUUCUAGUUUGUGCUAAACACACGGCUUUAUUUUUACAGCCCACGUCUUUCAUGAGGAUACGAAUUGUUCAGAGGCAGUCUUGUUUUGCUUUUCAAAGACAUUUUGUAGAGAUUUUUCACUAAUGUGAAUCUGAUUUUAUCUACGCGAUUCUGUAUAGAUUAAGUAAAUAUGUAUGAUAAAUUUGA